GCCUCGCGUCCCUUUGUUCUUCGUUGGUGGAUAAAAACGUACUGACUGCUGAAGUUGAAAGAUUCCUUCAAGCAGCGGCUGAUAACAGUUGCUGACGAUCAUCUGCUACCGAGUUUUCACGACAUAUUCAGUGGCUAUAAGCGACAGACGAGACGAAAAACAAUCCUGCGGCAGAUGGAGACCGAGAGAGCAGAACCAGCUGGCGACUUGGAUGCACCUCUCCACCCUGCCCACCAGAUGUGUUCCGACUCUGACACUGAUGACAGUGAGGACUGGAGAGAGACCAGUAACACUCGGUCAGAUUCCAACUCUGUUGAGAAUCCAAACAUUGAUGUCAAAGAGCAGACGGAUGAUGCUGAUCACAAAUCACUGAUCGACUCGACACGUGGGAAGAAAUGCACCUCGAAAGCUAAAUUGACAGAUUGCAAGAAAUCGUGUGAUGGACCUCCAACUUGUUUGCUUUGUGGGAACCGUUUUGAAACAAGAAGGAAACUGUUGAGCCACAUGAGAAUUCACGCUGGUGAAAAACCUUUCGUCUGCUUUCAGUGUGGAAAAGGUUUUUCAGUAAGAAGUAGCUUGAACAGACACAUGAGCGUUCACACUGGAGAAAAACCUUUUAUCUGCUCCCAGUGUGGAAAAGGUUUUACACUCAACAGCAAUCUAAAGACUCACAUGAGUGUUCACAAUGGUGAAAAACCUUUCUCCUGCUCGCAGUGUGGAAAAGGGUUUUCAAGCAACGGCAGCCUAAAUCAACACAUGCGAACUCACACGGGUGAAAAACCUUUCAUAUGCUCCCAGUGUGGAAAAUGUUUUUCAGCGAGCAGCACUCUAAAGAUUCACAUGAGAGUUCACACUGGUGAAAAACCUUUCAUCUGCUCCCAGUGUGGUAAAUGUUAUUCAGAAAGCAGCAAACUGAGGAGACACAUGAGAGUUCACACUGGUGAAAAACCUUUCAUCUGCUCCCAGUGUGGUAAAUGUUAUUCAGAAAGCAGCAAACUGAGGAGACACAUGAGAGUUCACACUGAUGAAAAACCUUUCAUCUGCUCCCAGUGUGGUGAAUGUUAUUCAGUGAGCAGGAGACUAAAGAUACACAUGAGAGUUCACACUGGUGAAAGACCUUUCAUCUGCUCCCAGUGUGGAAAAGGUUUUUCACGCAACAGCCACCUAAAGCACCACAUGAUAACUCAUACUGGUGAAAAACCUUUCAUCUGCUUUCAGUGUGGCAAAGGUUUUUCAGUAAGAAGUAGCUUGAACAGACACAUGAGCGUUCACACUGAUGAAAGACCUUUCAUCUGCUCCCAGUGUGGAAAAGGUUUUUCACAAAACAGGGGCCUAAAGGAACACAUGACAAGUCACACUGGUGAAAAACCUUUCAUCUGCUCCCUGUGUGGAAAAGGCUUUAAAUUCAGAGGCAGCCUAAAUAAACACGUGCGAAUUCACACUGGUGAAAAAACUUUCAACUGCUCCCUGUGUGGAAAAGGUUUUCCAUUCAACAGUAACCUAAAGCAACACAUGAUUACUCAUUCUGGUGAAAAGCCUUUCAUCAGCUCCCAGUGUGGCAAAGGUUUUACACUCAACAGCAAUCUAAAGACUCACAUGAGUGUUCACAAUGGUGAAAAACCUUUCUCCUGCUCGCAGUGUGGAAAAGGGUUUUCAAGCAACGGCAGCCUAAAUCAACACAUGCGAACUCACACGGGUGAAAAACCUUUCAUAUGCUCCCAGUGUGGAAAAUGUUUUUCAGCGAGCAGCACUCUAAAGAUUCACAUGAGAGUUCACACUGGUGAAAAACCUUUCAUCUGCUCCCAGUGUGGUAAAUGUUAUUCAGAAAGCAGCAAACUGAGGAGACACAUGAGAGUUCACACUGGUGAAAAACCUUUCAUCUGCUCCCAGUGUGGUAAAUGUUAUUCAGAAAGCAGCAAACUGAGGAGACACAUGAGAGUUCACACUGAUGAAAAACCUUUCAUCUGCUCCCAGUGUGGUGAAUGUUAUUCAGUGAGCAGGAGACUAAAGAGACACAUGAGAGUUCACACUGGUGAAAGACCUUUCAUCUGCUCCCAGUGUGGAAAAGGUUUUUCACGCAACAGCCACCUAAAGCACCACAUGAUAACUCAUACUGGUGAAAAACCUUUCAUCUGCUUUCAGUGUGGCAAAGGUUUUUCAGUAAGAAGUAGCUUGAACAGACACAUGAGCGUUCACACUGGUGAAAGACCUUUCAUCUGCUCCCAGUGUGGAAAAGGUUUUUCACAAAACAGGGGCCUAAAGGAACACAUGACAAGUCACACUGGUGAAAAACCUUUCAUCUGCUCCCUAUGUGGAAAAGGCUUUAAAUUCAGAGGCAGCCUAAAUAAACACGUGCGAAUUCACACUGCUGAAAAAACUUUCAACUGCUCCCUGUGUGGAAAACGUUUUCCAUUCAACAGUAACCUAAAGCAGCACAUAAUAACUCAUAGUGGUGAAAAGCCUUUCAUCAGCUCCCAGUGUGGCAAAGGUUUUACACUCAACAGCGGCCUAAAGACUCACAUGAGUGUUCACAAUGGUGAAAAACCUUUCUCCUGCUCGCAGUGUGGAAAAGGGUUUUCAAGCAACGGCAGCCUAAAUCAACACAUGCGAACUCACACGGGUGAAAAACCUUUCAUAUGCUCCCAGUGUGGAAAAUGUUUUUCAGCAAGCAGCACUCUAAAGAUUCACAUGAGAGUUCACACUGGUGAAAAACCUUUCAUCUGCUCCCGGUGUGGUAAAUGUUAUUCAGAAAGCAGCAAACUGAGGAGACACAUCAGAGCUCACACUGGUGAAAAACCUUUCAUCUGCUCCCAGUGUGGUAAAUGUUAUUCAGAAAGCAGCAAACUGAGGAGACACAUGAGAGUUCACACUGGGGAAAAACCUUUCAUCUGAUCCCAGUGUGGAGAAUGUUAUUUAGACAGCAGAAGAUUAAACUAUCACAUGAGCGUUCACACUGGCGAAAAACCUUUCAUCUGCUCUCAGUGUGGGAUAGGUUUUUCACUCAACAGUAACCUAAAGCGACACAUGAUAACUCAUACUGGUGAAAAGCCUUUCAUCCGCUCCCAGUGAGGUAAAUGUUUUCCACGGAAUGGGAUUCUCAAUGCUCACAUGAAAGUUCACACUGGUUAAAAAACUUUCAUCUGCUCCCAGUGUGGAAAGGUUUUUUCAGGUUGCAGCAACUUAUAGAUAUGCAUGAAACUUUACAUCUGCUCCCAAUGCGGAAAAUGUUCAGAGAAAAGUUACCUGAGGAGGCAUAUGAAGAUUCACUCUGGAGAAAACCUUUCAUUCCUCGACGGUUUUUGAGGAAGAAGGUCAGGUUCAUGUAACACAAGGACUUGGUUUUAUUCCAACCACGUUGUUUUGGAAGCGCCGACUCAAAGCAUCCAGCAGUACACAGCACAACAUCAAAUGUGUUUGGGUAAAAAGUACAGAUGCCUCCACUCCAAUGGUUUGGAUUGCUUCUCUGCACUGUUUUGAUGGCACUUGCUGUUUGUUUAUGUUCCUGUUUCAAAACUCAUUUGAGGCAAACUUUGAGGGUAAAACAAUUGAACAAAGCUGGAAAGAUGGUUAUCUCUCAUCCCUCAUUUUUUAAGGUUGCUUAUCCUAUUUCACCUACUUUUUUACGUUCUUCAUCUUUUAGUCAUAAUAACAAGCUUCCAUGCUCACUGGCACCGUUAGAAUACCCAGCUGUAAUGCAACGCUUCAUGGUUUCUGUUCCGAUACUGAAGCUGGAAAGCUUUACCUGCAUUCUGCAGGAUCCACCUCCAGUGACGCCACAAAGGUUUGUUUCGGGUUCUGCCUUUGAUGCACUGGAUUUACACUUAUCUAGCAUUGUAAUUCAGCAGAACCAUCUUUGUUUAUGAAUUGUUUCAGAGGAAUGUUGGUGAAACUUUAAUGUUACUCACUUGAUUGUGAAUGCUUUCUGGUUCUCACUGGAGACUCUGCAAGUCUUUAAGUCCCAAGUGUAAUUUCAAAAUAAAAGCCUUUUGUGUAUUGAUGAAUCUCUUUUAUCUAAUUGUCAUAUUUUGUAGACUCCCAUGAGUUGGCCACAAUGCCACUCCUCUCAAAUUGAACUUUG